AUGACUAUCAAUCACGUUUUUGUUUGGGGAUCUGCAGCCAAGUUUGUGGCCUUGCGAUCGUUUUAUCGCACAGUCCUGCAACCAAUUGGCUACAACGAGAUGAUCUGCGUCAAAAACGAUGCGCUCAUCGGAUAUGGAAGCGACUAUCCCUACUUUUGGCUAAAGAAACUGCCAGAAGGAAAAGAUACCCUUCCAACGCAUAUUGCGUUCGAUGCUCCAAACAGACCCACUAAUGCGGCUGAGCUAGGCCCUGAAGCUGUGGAUCAAUUCUACCAACUCGCACUGGAGCAUGGUGCACGCGACAACGGAGGCCCAGGGAUAAGAAAGGAAAUGAGUCGUCAGCCGUAUUACUCCGCCUUUGUGCUCGAUUUGGACGGCAAUAAUAUUGAAGUCGUGUGUCUUAAAAAUUGA